AUGCGCUUGUACUUGGAGGGAAGGAAAUGCGAUAGACUUGCUUUGCAUAUACAUCAUCUUUCAAGCCUCCCAAAUAAAAUGAUUCUCUCUUCAGGAACCUCAACCUCGGGCAUGCCAUCUAUGUGGCGAGGAUCUGAUGAUAACGAUUCCAGCGAUCAAUUUCUGGAACGAAUCAGAUGGAAGAGAUUCUCAAAUGUGUGCACAGCAGUGGUUAAACAUGACCCUAACUGGUUGAACAGCUCUGGAGGUGUUUAUAUUGUUACAGGUGCACAACUGCUUAGCAAAGGGAGUUGGCCAAUGAAUGUGCUUCACCUGCGCCUUCUCUUCACUAAUGUACCCAAUUGCAGUAUCCGAAAGUCAGAGUGGUCUGCUGCGCCAGAGGCUUCAAGAAAAACAUCUUUUCUCACAAAUUUGAGCACAACAUUUUCAUUCACACAGCAUGGCAACACUGGUCCUCCAAAGCAGGCUCCAACUGCACUGAACUCUGGAGUUUAUCCAGAAGGUCCACCGGUGCCUGUUCGCUCUGGUAAAUUACUUAAAUACGUGGAGACAGCUGAAGUUGUGCGAGGUCCACAUGAUGCUCCUGGUCACUGGUUGGUAACUGCUGCUAAGCUUGUGACUGAUGGUGGUAAGAUUGGAUUACAGGUGAAGUUUGCAUUGCUAGAUUAUUGGUGA